AUGCUCUUCAUCCAUUAUCUCUUCUUCUGUCAAAUUCCAAUGCCUCCAAUUCCUAUUUGCUCCUCCAACCAUGCUUCUUCAACCUUCUUCUCCUAUUCCAUUCAUUCCCUUCGUCGCUACAACUUCUCCACCACCAUCAACGUUUCUCCAAUCUCUUCUUUUCGCGUCUUUUGCCAAACUCAAUCCAAGACGGAGAAAACUGAGAUAAGAAGAUUUUCACCAUUAUUAGAAAGUUCUGGUAAUGGUGCUGUGGCUUUAGAGGAUUGGAAAGCAGUUCCUGAUAUAUGGAAAACUUCUGCAGAGAAUUUUGGUGAUAAAAUAGCUUUGAUAGAUCAAUAUCAUGAUCCUCCUUCAACUAUGACAUACAAACAGUUGGAAGAUGCAAUAUUGGACUUUGCUGAGGGGUUGAGAGUCAUUGGAGUAAAACCUGAUGAGAAGAUUGCUCUUUUUGCUGAUAACUCAUGCCGCUGGCUUGUAGCAGAUCAAGGCAUGAUGGCAAUCGGAGCAAUCAAUGUUGUAAGAGGUUCAAGGUCAUCAGUUGAAGAACUGUUGCAAAUAUACAACCACUCUGAAAGUGUCGCACUAGCUGUGGACAAUCCUGAAAUGUUUAAUCAAAUUGCAAAACCAUUUUAUUCGAAAACUUCUAUCAGAUUUAUUAUUCUACUAUGGGGAGAAAAAUCAAGCCUUGUCAGUGAAGGAAAUAAAGAGGUGUCAAUCUAUACAUUCAUGGAAGUCAUACAUUUCGGGCGAGAAAGUCGCAGGGCAUUGUCUGAGUCCCAUGAUGCAAGACAACAGUAUAUGUUCGAAACAAUAAAAUCUGAUGACAUUGCUACUCUUGUGUACACAAGUGGUACUACUGGAAAUCCGAAAGGUGUUAUGCUAACUCAUCAGAAUCUUUUGCAUCAGAUCAAACACUUAUCAGAUGUUGUACCUACUAAAGUUGGGGAUAGAUUGCUAAGCAUGUUGCCUCCAUGGCAUGCAUAUGAAAGAGCUUGCGAGUAUUUCAUUUUCUCGCGUGGUCUUGAAUAUAUUUACACUACUGUGAGAAACUUGAAGGAUGAUUUGGGACUUUAUCAGCCACAUUUGAUGGUUUCGGUGCCUUUAGUUUUUGAAACUUUGUACAGUGGUAUCAUGAAGCAGGUAUCUACAAGCUCGCUUUUUAGAAAGCUUGUCGCUCUAACAUUCAUAAGGGUCAGCUUAAGAUACAUGGAAUAUAAGCGAGUUUAUGAGGGUAAAUGUUUAACAAAGAAUCAGAAAUCACCUUCAUAUCUCUAUGCAAUGUUGGAUUGGCUAUGGGCAAGAAUUAUGGCUGCAGUAUUAUAUCCAGUUCAUAUGCUGGCAAAUAAACUGGUUUACAGUAAAAUCCGUUCAACCAUUGGAAUAUCAACGGCUGCUAUAAGUGGUGGUGGUAGCUUACCUUCUCACGUCGACAAAUUUUUUGAGGCUAUUGGUGUGAACUUACAAAAUGGAUAUGGUUUAACAGAAACAUCACCUGUUAUUGCUGCUCGGCGACAUGGUUGUGACGUUAUUGGAUCUGUGGGGUAUCCACUAAAACAUACAGAAUUCAAGGUUGUAGAUUCUGAAACUGGUGAAGUUCUUCCACCUGGCUCAAAGGGAAUUUUGAAAGUCAAGGGCCCACAAUUAAUGAAGGGAUACUACAAGAAUCCUUCAGCUACAAAUCAGGCCAUAGAUAGGGAUGGUUGGCUGGAUACUGGUGACAUAGGUUGGAUAGCUCCCCGCCAUUCAGCUGGGCGGAGCCGUAACUCUGGUGGUGUGAUUGUCGUUGAAGGCCGUGCUAAAGACACCAUUGUGCUUUCAUCAGGUGAAAAUGUUGAACCGGGAGAACUUGAAGAAGCUUCCAUGAGAAGUAAUCUCAUACAACAAAUUGUUGUCAUUGGCCAGGAUAAGCGACGUCUAGGAGCUGUAAUUGUUCCUAACAAAGAAGAAAUCUUAAAGACAGCAAGGGAAUUGUCAAUUAUAGAUUCCAAUAGUUCAGAUGUCAGUCAGGAAAAAGUGACCAGACUAAUAUAUAACGAAUUAAAGACCUGGACAUCAGGGUUUCCGUUUCAAAUUGGGCCAAUCCUUCUCGUAAAUGAUCCCUUCACGAUUGAUAAUGGGCUAAUGACACCCACAAUGAAAAUUCGAAGAGAUAGGAUUAUGGCUCAAUACAGGGACCAAAUAGAGAAUAUAUACAAGUAA